AUGUCCAUGAACAAUCAGAAAAAUAUAGAGGCUUCCAUUAAAAAUUUUGAGGUUCAGGUUGGACAGCUCGCUAGGCAAUUAGCUGACAUGUCUGGAGGCCCAUUUUCAGCCAACACCAAGACUAACCCCAAGGAGUAUUGCCAAGCCAUAACAACAAGAAGUGGGAAGGUGGUAGGUAGUGAUGUUGGGCCAUGGAGCAAAUGCCCCACUUAUGCUAAGUUCAUGAAGGAAUUGUUGACUAAGAAGAGAAAAUUUCUUGAAGAAGAGACUGUGGAGCUUGAGGCUGGAUGCAGUGCUAUUAUACAGAAGUCUCUACCUCAAAAGUCCAUAGAUCCAAGCAGUUUCACUCUCCCUAUAUCAAUUGGUAAUUUAUCAGUGGGUAAGGCACUCUUAGACCUUGGAGCCAGUAUUAACUUGAUGCCUUUAUCUAUGCUGAAGAAGAUAGGAGAAGUGGAAGUAAGACCUACAAGAAUGACCUUGCAAUUGGUAGACAGAUCCAUCAAGCUUCCACAUGGUAUAGUGGAAGAUAUGAUCAUGAAGGUUGAUAAGUUUAUGUUCCCGGUUGAUUUCGUAGUCAUGGAUAAGGAAGAGGAUGUAGAAGUUCCUUUGAUAUUGGGUAGACCCUUUAUGAAAACAGCUAGAGUUAUCAUUGACAUGGAUGAUGGAAAGCUAAAGGUUAGGGUCCAAGAUGAGGAAGUGAGUUUCAACAUAUUUGAAGAAAUGAAGUUUCCAAAAGCCAACAAAGAUUGCUUUAGAAUUGAUGUAUUAGAUGAUGUGUACUUGGAAACUCAAAAUGAUUUCAAGGGUUCAUCGCCACUAGAGAAGGCUUUGCUUAUCUCUAAUGAAGAAUUGGAUAAGGUCAUUGAAGGGGGUGGAGUGCAACAGCCAGGAGUUCAUAGUGCACAACCUAUUGAUCAGCAUAGGCAGGAAGAGGAAGUUGAGAGAGAUAAAGAAGCAGAGGAAGAGGAGCAAGGAGAAGAAGAGGAAUACGAGUCAGAAGAUUUCUGA